UUCAGUAAGGCAGUCUCGGUUACCGAGGGAACCAACUGUGAAGUCCAUCACAGGCUGCGGGUUCUUUCCUUAUUGUUGGCUGUCACUCAUCCGUUUCACGCGAACGCGCGCGUGGGUGCGCCCUCCCUUGCAGUAAGCGGCCCUCCCCGGUACAGAACUAGCAACGGUACUUGCUUGUUCUCCGGGGUUCAUCUUUUUCUUUGUAGCUCAUAAUGCCGCAUCUACAGCAGCUUCUCGUUCUUCUGCACCUUCUCUACCACUGCGUUUACAGCAGCAGCACUACAUUACCGAGCCCCUGCGAUAGCCAGCCAUGCUUAAAUAACGGCACCUGUCAUCCUGGUAGCUCUAAUUACAAUUGCACCUGUAGCCCUGGGUUCCGUGGUGCCAACUGCGAGUUUCUUACAAAUCCCUGUGCAAGCAAUCCGUGUUACCAUGGAAACUGCAGCAUCACCAGUGAUGGCUUUAUUUGUCUGUGUAAUGAUGGCUAUCAAGGUAAAACCUGUGAUGAGCCUGUAGCUGUUAUACCCACCUCUACCUUCACAAAUACGGCACUUCCUAAGCAAACCAAUCCAGUCACACCAACUCAAGAACCUGACGCAGUGUCACCCACUGUAAAGAAAACAGCAACCCUGCCUCCAUGGCAACCAAAAGCAGGACAAAAAGUGAUUGAGUUGAACUGGAAUGAGAUAGAGAUGACCCCUGAUGCUGUCUGUGGAAAUGCCAGUUCCAAUAAUUCAGCUGGAGGAAGACUUAUUUCCUUUGAAGUACCACAGAGCACAGCCGUAAAAAUAAUGAAAACAGCUACAGCUUCACUAAUCCUGAUGUGGAAAGUUACUGAUAAUGGCUUCAAACAGUGCUCUCUCAUUGAUGGAAGAAGUGUCACCCUCCUGCAGGCUUCGGGUGGGCUCAUUCUACCGGAAGAAAUGCUGUCCUUGGGAAACAACUACUUCAUUGGUUUUGUGAAUGAUUCAAUAACAAAAUGCGUUGUUGCGCUACGACUAAAUGUCAUUGUUAAAGCCACAAAAUGCCUACCUGAUAAAAGUAAUGCCAAUGAAUUGCUGUGCUCUGGUAAAGGAAAGUGCAUCACAAAACCAUCUGAGGCAAAUUUCUUCUGUGACUGCAUUGAGGGAUAUGUUGGUAUUUACUGUGAAGAAUUAAAUGCCUGUCACAUUAACCCUUGUCUGAACAAUGGGUCAUGCACUGAUAUACAACAAGGGAAAGAUGGCAAAAACUUCACAUGUUCUUGCUUGCUGGGAUACACUGGAGAAUUGUGUCAGUCUGUGAUAGAUCACUGCCUACCACAACCUUGUGAAAAUGGUGGAACUUGUAUUAACAGUCUUACAGGAUACAGUUGCCAAUGUCAAGAAGGCUUCCUUGGCGCUCAGUGUGAACAGAAGAUAGACCCCUGUGCAUCUUCCCCUUGUCAAAACAAUGGGACUUGCUAUGCAGAUGGACUGUCAUACUCCUGCAGCUGUAGUCCUGGUUACACUGGAGCAAACUGCGCUCAGAUUGUUGACUUUUGUGCGUUGAAUCCUUGUGCACAUGGUAUCUGCCGAAGUAUGGGAACCAGCUACAAAUGUUUUUGUGUUCCAGGAUACCAUGGCUUGUAUUGCGAAGAACAGUACAAUGAAUGCCUCUCAUCUCCUUGUCAGAACUCUGCGACCUGUAAAGACUUGAUCAAUGGCUAUGAAUGUGUGUGUCCAGCUGAAUACGAAGGUAAACACUGUGAAGUGUACAAAGAUCCCUGUGUGAAUAUCAGUUGUCAAAAUGGAGGCACCUGUGAAAGGGAGCGGUUGAAUGCUACCUGUGUGUGUCCUCGAGGGUUUACAGGUGAAGAAUGUGAAAUAGAUAUUGAUGAAUGUGACAGCAAUCCCUGCCAUCAUGGUGGAACCUGCGUUGACCAGCCAAAUGGCUAUGCUUGCCACUGUUUACAUGGUUGGGUUGGAACAAAUUGUGAAAUCCAUCUACAGUGGAAGGCUGGAAGAAUGGCUGAGAGUCUCACAAAUAUGCCCCGCCACUCACUCUAUAUUAUUAUUGGUGCACUUUGCGUUGCAUUUGUACUAAUGCUCAUCAUUCUUAUUGUGGGGAUAUGUCGUAUAAGUCGCAUUGAAUACCAAGGUUCAUCCAGACCAGCUUAUGAAGAAUUCUACAACUGCAGAAGUAUUGACAGCGAAUUUAGCAGUGCAAUCGCAUCAAUCCGGCAUGCCAGAUUUGGGAAGAAGUCACGACCAGCAAUGUAUGAUGCCACUCCAAUCGCCUAUGAAGACUACAGCCCUGAUGAUAAGCCUUUGGUCACAUUAAUCAAAACAAAAGAUUUGUAAUCCAACAAGCUUUUGAGAUUUUCAACAGAAAUGCAAAAUGGCACUAAUUAACUAUUUUUAAGAGUAUGUACUUCUGUAAAAUAAAAAAGUUUAAAAUAUGCUAGUUUGUUGAGAAUUUCCCUAGAGUAUUAAAGAACUGAUUUUCUCCAGCACUUACUUUACUUACAGUUUUCAGUAUUUAUAUGAACUAUGCCUGACUUUGCUAGGUAAUAGAAAACAAAGAGUGGUGAACUUUUACAGUGAGGUACAUAAAUUGCAUGCCUGAAGUGGGGAUAUAUAUUUUCAUGAUCAACAUUGUGAAAUAAAAAGGGCAAUGCAUCUUAUGAGAGAAUUAUGAAAAUUAGAAAUUGAGAACUUCCUAGUUUUUAAUUUGCAUUUUGGUGCCAGAUGUCCUACUAGAAAUAGUCAUGGAAAUCUUAGGGAUGUUAAAUGAUAUUAACAACUUAUUUCCAUAACUUGAAAAAGGUUUGUGUUGCGCAAAAGAAAAUUACGUUUGGCUAUACUUUAAUUAGCUUUCUGCCUUAUUCAUCGCAUGAGUAGAUACGUUUCUUUUCCAUUUUCUACAAAUUGCUUAGUCAUAUAGUACACUUGAGUUGUGGCAUUUGGCCUUCAGUUGUAGUUUAGAACUAUUAAUCUGUAUUUCAUGGUGUCCUAAAAGGAAGGAUGUAUAUAUUGAAAGUGCCUAAAAUGGCAGGUAAACAUGGAUGUAAAAUUAUUUAUAUAAAUGUCAGUGAUUUAUCAUAAUAUAUUAGUCAACCGGGCAUACAACUUCAGUUGUUGGCCACUAAGAAGUUGUUAAAGUAAUACAGAAGAUAUGCUAAUUGUGGAUUUCUUGUAGUUCAGCUUGUUUGUAGGCAGUAUGGUUUUCUAUAGCUGUGUUGAUCUCUAUGUGCUUCUUCAGAUCAAGUUUAUGCUUAUUUUGACAUUCACAUUGCAUAUUACAUUGAUAGAAGAUGACAAACUUUUAUGUCAUAUGUUUUCUUUCCUCCUUUUAACCCCUUGUAUGAAUAAUACAUGUUUAAUAGCAUAAUAUAAUAAAAGUUUUCCAAAGGAA